CAAACAUCAUUUACAUUGUUACAAGUUCAAAACUACUCAAACGGUCUAAUUACAUUCACCACCUACUAAUUUCUUAACAUCCCAGCACAUUGGAGCUCAAUGAGGUUUCAGCAAUGGCUGCCAAGAGAGGAGCUCUUCUCACAAUGACUUUUUUGAGAUUAACGCCUCUAAUUUUAAGCCCUUAUUCUCCGUUAUCAUCUCUUUUUCAUUCUCAUUUUCUUCCUUUCUCUACUAAACCUAACCCUAAUUCACAAUUCAAAGCCCCCUUUAUUCCUUCUACAUCCACCACUCAUCCCGAACUUAAACAAUUACUCUAUCAUAAGUCUAAAGAAGGUUUCGAUAAACUCGACGAUGCUCUGCAAGUGUUUGAUAAAAUGCUCCUUCUGAAAUCUGGGCUUCUUGUUCUGCAAUUUAACCAACUGUUAACUGCCCUUGUUCGGAUGAAAAAAUACUCUGUAGCUGUCUCCAUGUUUAGAGAAUUGCGCGUUUUAAGCAUUCCUGUUGACAUUGUUACUUUUAAUACUGCCAUCCAUUCCUGUUGUCACUUGAAUACACUUGAUUAUGCCUUUUCGUUGCUUGCUGGAAUCAUCAAGAGUGGUUGGGUGCCCGAUGUCUUUACCUACAACACUCUCAUCAAGGGCCUUCUGUCUCAAGACAGGCCUUUGGAGGCUGGGGAUUUGUUUAAGAAGCUUAUCAUAUUUCAAGAAAUUCAGCCUGAUGUAGUUAUGUAUAACACCAUCAUUGAUGGUCUCUGCAAAACUUCAAAUACUUCCAUGGCUGUCAAGUUAUUAAGAAACAUGGAGGAGAUAGGUUGUAAACCAGAUAUAGUAACUUAUACCUCCAUUAUUGAUUCUUUGUGCAAAGAAAGACGAGUAGAUCGUGCAUUGGAUCUUGUGUCUAAAAUGAACGACAAAGGCAUAUCACCUAAUGUUAUAACCUAUAACAGAUUAAUUCAAGGUCUUUGCAGCUCCGGCCGAUGGGAGGACGUUGGGCGGUUGUUAACUGAGAUGGGUGUUAGGCAGAUCUCUCCUGAUCUGCACACCUAUAAUAUAUUGGCUAAUGCAUACUGCAAAGAAGGGAGGACAACAGAUGCAGAAGAUGUGAUUGAAAUUAUGAUCCAGAAAGGUGUGCCUCCUGAUUCAAUCACAUACAAUGAACUGAUGUAUGGUUAUUGUUUAACGGGCAAAAUGUACAGGGCACUAGAGGUGCUGAAUACCAUGAGGAGUAAUGGGAUAGCGCCAAAUUGUUAUAGCUAUACCAUUAUGAUAAAUGGCUAUUGUAAGAGGCAGGAACUAGACAAAGCCAUCAGUCUCCUCAGACAAAUGUCUGCUGAAGGUCUGAAACCUGUAGUUGAAACCUACAAUACACUGAUGCAUGGCCUCUUUCAGAUGGGCAGACAUAAUGAGGUGGUCAACCUUUUCCAUGAAAUGCAAAAAGAAGGUAAUAAACCAGAUAUCAUAACAUGUCAAAUUUUAUUGGAUGGCCUUUGCAAGAACCGAUACAUGGAUGAAGCAAUUUCCUUCUUUCGAGUGAUGGAAGGUACAGGUAUAGUUUAUGAUAUUAAAAUACAUAAUAUCCUCAUUGAUGGUCUCUGCAAGAACAGAAAACUUGAUGAGGCCAGAAAUAUUUUUGAUAAGCUUGCUUUGAGAGGUUUGCAACCCGAUGUCAUAACACACAACAUAAUGAUCAGAGGACUUUGUCAAGAAGGGUUGUUUGAGGAAGCAAAGGAAUUACUUUCUAAAAUGGAAACGAGCAUUUGUUUGCCUAAUGAUGUGACUUAUAAUACGAUCAUUCGUGGAAGUCUUUUAAAUAAAAGAUAUGAAGAAGCAGCUGUACUGGUAGAGAACAUGCGAGCUCGUAAAUUCUCAGAAGAUGCGUCUACCACAUCCAUGGUACUAGACCUAUUAUCUAAAGAACAGGACCCCUCCGUUCUUGCUUUCUGCAAAUGGUUUUUGCAAUAGGUACUGAAGUUUAUGGUUCAUUGUUAUGUAUUGUCAUCUUUUAACUUCCUUAAGUUUUCUGCUGUAGUAACAUGUUUUACUGAGCAAUGAAUUACUCUAAUUAGCAAUGUAAGGGGUUUCAUUAGUUUGUUAAGAGCCAAUAGACAAUAUAUACGAGACGGUAAGACUAUGUCUUUUAUUUGUAUUGAGUACGGUCUAUGUUCAAGUUGUCAUUCAGAAUUGAAACUUUGCAUCUCGAUGCCUCUCAUAUACAGAAAAAGAAAUCAGCAUUUGAAAAUAAUAAAAGAAGCCUAUGUAAUACCUCAAUAAUGCAUAUAUUCAGAUAACUUUAUUCUGGAUAUUCUCUUUAGCACAUAUUUUGGCUUUCACAAACAAGCUCAUUUUUCUUCCUCGUCAUAUUUGGAUAUAAUAAAUGUUACAACAUAUUGGCAUUCUUCACCAUGGUGAGAGGGUAUCCGAUUAACAG